AUGGUAGAAGCCAGACAUUUCACAAUCUACACGGACCAUAAGCCGAUCAGUUAUGCCUUCCACGAACGGAAGCAUGACUGCUCGCCCAGACAAUUCCGACAUUUGGACUACAUCUCCCAAUUCACCACCGAUAUCAGACAUAUUUCAGGCAGUAAUAACAUCGUUGCUGAUGCACUUUCACGAGUGGAUGAAUUGGAGUCUCCAAUUGAUCUGACGGACCUCAGUCUAGCACAGCAUAAUGAUUCAGAGCUCGCCGAACACCUUCAUAACUCAUCUUUGCGACUUCAGAAGAUGGACUUUCCAGGUAGUCAAAAACCAUUAUUCUGUGACGUUAGCACUUCGGUGCCUAGACCUUUCAUUACCGAACAGUUUCGCAGACAGGGAUUUAGGUAUUGCCUGACGGCCAUUGACCGAUUUACACGGUGGCCCGAGGUCAUACCAAUAGUAGACAUCACUGCAGAAACGGUGGCUAAAGCACUAAUAUCCGGCUGGAUAUCCAGAUUCGGUGUACCAAUUGAUAUUGUCACAGACCGCGGACGACAGUUCGAGUCCGCACUGUUUCAAUAUUUGUCAAAAGUAUCGGGUUUCCAGCAUAAACGCACCACCGCCUAUCAUCCAGCGUGCAACGGACUCGUGGAACGCUUCCACAGACAGUUAAAAGCGUCCAUAACGUGCCACGCUGACUCCAACUGGUCCGAAGUACUGCCGUUGGCACUCCUCGGCAUUCGCAGUGCCUUCAAAGAGGAUUUACAAUCCUCCCCCGCCGAAUUACUGUAUGGCGAACCGCUCAGACUACCGGGAGAAUUUUUCGAUUCGAGCACACCUACAACAUCCGAUGUAACAGAUUUCACGGCGCGCCUACACAUGAUCGUCCAAAAGCUGAAACCAGUCCCAGCUUCACGUCAUGGCAAGCACACUGUCUUUAUUCAUAAAGAACUGGAGUCCACUCAGCAUGUCUUCCUCCGUGAAGACGCUGCACGACCUCCCUUCCACCCAGCAUACUCGGGACCGUACAGGGUGCUCACUAGAGGAGACAAAGCCUUUAAGAUAUUGGUUAAAGAGAAACCAGUAUCCGUUUCAGUAGAUCGCCUUAAACCCGCUUUCAUACUGGCAGACGAUAGGAGUACACAAGGGAAGAAUAUACCUCAACCACUACCUGCUUCAAAACCACCAAUUACUAAUCGUGAUCUGCCGUCUCCAAAAUCUAGCCCAUCUUUAACUCCUACAUCCAAAAUAACACGUUCGGGACGACGGGUACGAUUCCCAGAUUAUUAUCGCCCCUAA